GAGGGGCGGCACGCAUAAAUAAUUGAUAAAGCCUUCCUCCAUGGCCCAUUUUGCAUCGUUCUACGCUACUUCACCGGCAUCCCUCCUUGAUUUUGUCUGUAAAACCUAGGAAGAAAAAACUCUGCGAGGAAGGUCACCCAUCUAGAUUUACUGAGGAUGUGCAGCCUAGCGAAGCAGGGGAAGGUGUACAUUUUGACGCUGGUGGGUAAUGACGAUCACAGGUUUAAUCCCACAACGCUUGACGCCAUCUGCGACGCCCUCAAACAAGUCGAACAAUCACCAGACGUAGCAGCCCUGGUGACCACCAACGCAGGCAAAUACUUUUCCAACGGCCUCGAUCUGCGAUGGAUUGCAGAGAGCCCUAGCGACCGCCUUGACAUAAUCAGGGACAAAUUCGAGAACAUGUUGGCGGCCUUCAUGAGGGUGGGCGUCCCCACCGUGGCGGCCAUCUGCGGCCACGCGGCAGCGGGCGGUUUUAUGCUGGCCCUAGCGCACGACUACCGCUUCAUGACGCAGGGGCGCUCUGUGCUCUACUUGAGCGAGCUUGACCAUGGUAUGCUUUUUCCCCGGAGUCUCAUGGCGCUUAUUCGCAGCAAGCUGCAGCCCGCUGCCCGGCGUGAUUUGGUGCUGGGUGCCCGCAAGCUGAGCGCGCAGAUGGGGUUGGAAAGAGGGAUUUUGGACGGCGUUUUUCAGGACUCGGCGGAGACUUUGCAGGCGGCGGUUAAGGCGGCGGAGAAGUUGGCAGGCAGGGGAUGGAAGAGAGAGAUUUACAGUGGCCUCAGAUUGGGGGCGUUUCCUGGGGUUGUGGAGGAGCUUGAUGCUCAUGCCGACCCUUAUCUCUUUCACCACGCUUUAUCUAAGCUCUGAUGCUCAUUUCCUUUGUGGGGAUUUCUAUGGGGUUGGAAAGAGGGAUUUUGGACGGCGUUUUUCAGGACUCGGCGGAGACUUUGCAGGCGGCGGUUAAGGCGGCGGAGAAGUUGGCAGGCAGGGUAUGGAAGAGGGAGAUUUACAGUGGUCUCAGAGUGGGAGCAUUUCCUGGGGUUGUGGAGGAGCUUGAUGCUCAUGCCAACCCUUAUCUCUUUCACCACGCUUUAUCUGAGCUCUGAAGAUCAUUUUCUUUGUCAGGAUUUCUGUAAGUCGGAAAAUUUUAUGGGAUCUUUCGUUUUGAGAUCUGGGUUAUCAUGAUAUUUUGUUUUGUGGAGGAAAAUAUGAUUCUGUUUAAAAAGGCAAUAAUAGAGGGGUGAAUUUCUGAGAUGAAUACAGUGGAAAUUGUAACAGGAUUAUGCCCUUGUUGGGAAAUUAAUGAAAGCUUGUGGGCAAUGAUAUCUUAAAUCUGCUAUAUUGUCCUGGUAUCACACUUUGGAACUGUUCCUUCGAUUUCCUCUUUUUUUUUUUGGCCCCUGGUAAUGGAUUUGUAUAACCUGGCUAUUCAGACAUUCUAUUGUACCCUUUUAAGUAUUGAUUACAUCAUGCUAAGAAAACAAACAUCAAUUAAAAUUUACCUUCAAUCAAGCUAUCAAUAAUUUUUCUA